AUGCCAGCAUCCAAAGAAGUGAUCUUGCCUGAUGCAAAUUCCACUACAGUCAUGCCCAAGGCUUCCAGGCAGACAGACUUCCAGCUCGUGCGGGUCAAAAGCACAUGGUAUCGGAUCAAGAAAGGUGAAGCCAUUCCUGAUGCUGAGGACGAUAUCACUGUCUCACAGGCUAAAAUAACUGAAAUGAUCUCCGAUGGUGAGGUGUCCUGGACCGUUGAAGCACCCAUCUACUUCUGCUACAAAGUGGUGGAAACAUGCCAUCUCCUGGACCCCUCCAACAGGACCCUGCUCUAUGGGCACCUCAGAAAUCAGGAGGAACUGGAGACUGCUCUGAGCAGGAGAGAAACACAAAGACGUUUCAUUGUAAUAGAUAAGACUGUUGACGAGCUUUAUGGCCCACUAGUGAGGAAGUAUUUUGAAGCCAACUAUAUUGAGUAUAAAAUCCUUUCCGUGCCCACCAACGAAGAAACCAAAUCCAUGGAUUUGCUGCUUGACAUCCUGCAAGAAGUGCAAAGCUUCGGCCUUGACAGGCGCGCUGAACCCAUCAUAGCGAUUGGAGGAGGGGUGUGCCUGGACAUUGUGGGACUGGCAGCAUCCCUUUAUCGGAGACGCACACCUUAUAUCCGGGUUCCAACCACCCUCUUGUCAUACGUCGAUGCCAGUGUAGGAGCCAAGAAUGGUGUCAAUUUCCUUCAAUGCAAAAACAAGCUUGGGAGUUAUGUUCCACCUGUUGCCACUUUCCUGGACAGAGCCUUCAUCCAAACAAUCCCACGCCAGCAUAUUUCCAAUGGACUUGGGGAAAUUCUAAAAAUGGCGCUGAUGAAGCACAAAGGCCUGCUUGACUUGCUGAAGACCCAUGGGAAAUUCCUACUGGACACCAAGUUCCAAUCACACAAUGGCUUAGUGGAUCAUGGGGAUGCUGCACUGAAGACAACCAGAAUUGCCAUUGAAAUGAUGUUGGAAGAGCUUGCUCCUAAUCUCUGGGAAGAUGAUCUGAACAGACUGGUCGACUUUGGUCACCUUAUAAGCCCAGAACUGGAAAUGAGGGCUUUGCCAUCACUGAUGCACGGAGAAGCUGUGAAUGUCGACAUGGCUUUCAUGACUUACGUCUCCUAUGCAAAGGGCUUCUUAAGUGAGAAAGAGAAAACACACAUUAUUCAGUGCAUGACUUCUCUGGAGCUCCCCAUAUGGCAUAAAGAAUGCACGUGGCAUCUUAUAAAAAAGGCACUGAUGGAAAGGUUGAAGCAUAGUGCCGGCCAGAUGAGAAUGCCUCUUCCAACAGGACUAGGAACAGCAGGUACGCUUAUUAUGCUUAUUACGCUUAUUUGUUUUAAGGCAAGAUGGAAAAUGUUAUAA